AUGACCUCUCCAGCAUCGCCGAAUUAUGCCUCGGCUAGCAACUUACAGGUCUUACCUCCCAUCCUCACCGACAACUCGGUGAAAGCCUCCCCCAGCGCCCGAGAUCGACUCUCGACCUACUCGAAUCUCUCUUUCGUCUCCCAAAAUCGGUCACGGCCAGGCUCCCAUGUCUUUCCCAUCUUCCACACCAGCCUUCCGUACGCCCUAGUCCGAGAUUUCGCGUAUCCGUCCAUUCAUCCGUUGCACUAUGGACCACCACCCCCUCUCACGUCACGAGUGUCGACCCCCGCUAGCGAGUAUCGUCACAUGUCCGAUCCCCCAGGCGCGUGGGACACCUCCAAGGGACCCUGGGCUACCACCGGUGGUUGGAACACGGAAUUGACGCAGGGCCAGCAGCGGUUACCUGCAAUGUCUUUCGGGGAUGGGCCUCCUUACAGUGAGGAUGAGGAUCUGCACAGUCCCGUCGUGACCUCCUCACGUCAGCGCAAGAAGUCCCAAGGUACCGACGUCCACGGCAUGUUUGAUGACCGCGCUUCCGCAUAUGGGCCAACUGCGGAUCGCGGCACUUUCGUGAGUGUCAAUCCCGAUGGGAGCGAGACAUACUUUGUGAACAAUGGCGGUGCGGUGGGCGAGGGCGAGGGCGAGGGCGAGUAUAUCACCUACCCAGCCAACGAAGGAAGAUAUUCGGUGGCAUACAAUGUUCACCCCGGCUACCAGCAAGAUCAUGAAUACGACUCGGAGGAGGAAUUCGUGCAAGGGGAUCGUUAUUCGAACGACUAUCAGUUUGCGGUUGGAUGUCCUGACGAAGAAAUGCACGGCAAGGCGGUUGCGCUGUUUGACUUUGUCCGGGAACACGAGAACGAGCUUCCGUUGACGGAAGGUCAAGUCAUCUACGUCUCAUAUCGUCAUGGUGAAGGCUGGCUGGUCGCCGAGGACCCCAAGACAGGCGAAAAUGGCUUGGUCCCUGAGCAGUUUGUUCGCCUCUUGCGUGACAUUGAAGGGGGAUUGAAUUCGCUGAGUGCGGAUGUCAAUGUUGAAGCCGUGGAAGGGAGCGUGCCCCAAAAUACUGACCUCGAUGAGCACGCUGCAAAUGCCAUGCGAGGCACAGCGGGAAGCAUCGGUAACAGGGGACUGCCGCCUGCUUCUGAGGAAGCCGGCAUCGAGUCGCAGCCGAGACCCAAAGAGGACAGUCACAUUCAGAGUCAAGGUCGGUGA